AUGGCCCAAGGCGCCGUCAAAAAAUCCAAACCCGUCGCAUCCAGAAAACCCUCCAAAUCCGGCCCCCGACCCGGUGCCCGUGUCAUCAAGCCGAAGAAAGCAUCACUCAUUGUGCAGAACAAAAUCAAGCACAAGAGCUCGUGCGGGCUGGUGGGCCAGACGGAGAAGUUGCUGGCGCAGAAGGCGGGGCAUUUGGAGAUGUUGAAGGGGGGGAAGGCGGAUCGGAAGGAUAAGCGGGAUGGAGGGAAGGGAGUGGGAAAGUGA